UGCAUCUCUCUGCAGUGGAGAGAAGCGACAAGGUAGGCUGUCAUUCUGCAAAAGCUGCCCAGAACAGGCUUUCCUCUGAAAAGCAGUGCCGUUCCUUUUUAGAAAGACUGACUCUAAAUGUUGUCUCUGGAGACAAGAAGCCUUCAGUAUGUUAAAUUACUUUCAUUAUGUAUUUUCAGAUGCUUAUUGAUUCCACAGUAGGAAGAGUAAGAGACUGCAGCAGCCUCUAAGCAGCACUACACGUUCCAUACAUUAGCAGUACUGCUGAAACAAUGGCACAGCACAGACACAUAUUUUCAUUAAGGUCAUUUUCGAAGAGAUGUUUAUGACCCUCUUCCCCCAGUCCUCUCCUAACAAGUGAACAAAAUGAAUCAAUCAAAACUGGAAACGCUUCAACUACAUCAAGAAUUUAUCAAAUCUUUAGCGGAGGGUCCACAGCAGCUAAUUCAGUAUUUACAAGUAAUAACAUGAAGAAUGCAAUUGACUGAGCAUCUCCCUAGCUGUCUGAACCCCGAACUGCAAGAUAUUCCUAUAAUAAAUGAUCUUAAGACAUUAAGGAGUUAAACCCAGGGAAUAAAUCUACAUUACUGUUGGAAUAUAACAGACAGCAUCCUAAGAAGAUACUACACAAAAUAACCACAAAAAGAAAAACAAUACAACCAUAAAAGCCUGAAAACAAAAUGGGGAAAAACCAACUGCUCCAAAAGAAUGUGUUUUUCUCCCACUCUGGAAAUCAACAUGCAGUCUGAAUCUAACAUUACAGUGCGAGAUGACAUUGACGACAUCAACACCAAUAUGUACCAACCACUAUCAUAUCCAUUAAGCUUUCAAGUGUCUCUCACCGGAUUUCUUAUGUUAGAAAUUGUGUUGGGACUUGGCAGCAACCUCACCGUAUUGGUACUUUACUGCAUGAAAUCCAACUUAAUCAACUCUGUCAGUAACAUUAUUACAAUGAAUCUUCAUGUACUUGAUGUAAUAAUUUGUGUGGGAUGUAUUCCUCUAACUAUAGUUAUCCUUCUGCUUUCACUGGAGAGUAACACUGCUCUCAUCUGCUGUUUCCACGAGGCUUGUGUAUCUUUUGCAAGUGUCUCAACAGCAAUCAACGUUUUUGCUAUCACUUUGGACAGAUAUGACAUCUCUGUGAAACCUGCAAACCGAAUUCUGACAAUGGGCAGAGCUGUAAUGUUAAUGACAUCUAUUUGGAUUUUUUCUUUUUUCUCUUUCCUGAUUCCUUUUAUUGAGGUAAAUUUUUUCAGUCUGCAAAGUGGAAAUACAUGGGAAAACAGGACACUUUUAUGUGUCAGUACGAAUGAAUACUACACUGAACUGGGAAUGUAUUAUCACCUGCUAGUACAGAUCCCAAUAUUCUUUUUCACUGUUAUAGUAAUGUUAAUCACAUACACCAAAAUACUUCAAGCUCUUAAUAUUCGAAUAGGAACAAGAUUUUCAACAGGGCAGAAGAAGAAAACAAGAAAGAAAAAGACAAUUUCUUUAACCACACAACAUGAGACUACAGACAUGUCACAAAGCAGUGGUGGGAGAAAUGUGGUCUUUGGUGUAAGAACUUCAGUUUCUGUAAUAAUUGCCCUCCGGCGAGCUGUGAAACGACACCGUGAAAGACGGGAAAGACAAAAAAGAGUCUUCAAAAUGUCUCUAUUGAUUAUUUCUACAUUUCUUCUCUGCUGGACACCAAUUUCUGUUUUAAAUACCACUAUUUUAUGUUUAGGCCCAAGUGACCUUUUAGUAAAAUUAAGAUUGUGUUUUCUAGUCAUGGCUUAUGGAACAACUAUAUUUCACCCUCUAUUAUAUGCAUUCACUAGACAAAAGUUUCAAAAGGUCUUGAAAAGUAAAAUGAAAAAGAGAGUUGUUUCCAUAGUGGAAGCUGAUCCCAUGCCUAAUAAUGCUGUAAUACACAACUCUUGGAUAGAUCCUAAAAGAAACAAAAAAAUUACCUUUGAAGAUAGUGAAAUAAGAGAGAAAUGUUUGGUACCACAGGUUGUCACAGACUAGGGAAAAGUCUAAGUUUUACCAAAUCCACAUUCAGAUGAAUUUUAAAUUUAACUUGUAAAAAAAUAAAAUUACUGCCAAAUAUAAGGAAAAAAAAUUAAGUAUUGGUUAUGUUGUAAAUUAUCAAUGUGAAUGUCAAUUAGAUUAGGUCAUAUAUAUUCAAUUUCUUCAUUACUUAAUGUAUUUGUUGCAUGGCAGUUUGUUAAAGUAAUAUCAUGUGUAUAUUUUGUCAAUAUUAUGUCCAACAGCAGAUACUCAUGUAAGUCAUAUUUUCUAAAGAAUAAAUACAUAGCCUU